AUGCGAUACACCCACAUCCUCGCCGUGCUCGUGACGCUCCUCGUCUCGGUGUUCGCACAGACACCUUCCCCCUCGUCGUCGUCGGCGUCGCUCCCCUCCAGCAGCGGCGGUAGCUCCACCGCUCCUCCCACUUCCUCGUCCUCCUCCCCCUCGUCGUCGAGUGCGAGCAGUAGCAGUACGAGCGCCAGCGCCAUCAUCGGCAGCGCUAUCUCGUUCACCCUCGAAACGAUCAACCCGACAUCGACUUCAUCCAGCUCCUCCUCUGCCGCCACAUCCUCCUCGUCCUCCACCUCUUCGUCCUCCUCCUCGUCGUCGUCAAUGUCGUCUUCGACCUCCACCGCCUCGGUCAUCCCGAGCCCAACGACAUCCGCAGCACCCAACGCCGCAGUCGCGCCCCUCCGCUCCCCAGGUACGACCUCGGCAGCCGCGGCGGCCAUGCUCGCCGCUCUCGUCAUGGUCGUCGUUGUAGGCGGCGCCGGCGGAGGGACUGCAGUGCUCUGA